UAAUUUUCUCAGUGUAUGAUUUCCAUGACGCUUCAAUUCAAUCUCCCAAUACUCUCUCUUGCUGAGAGAGCUCAGUCAAUUUCGGUGAGAGCUUCGGCUAUAAAAGUAAACCCUGUAACAUUAUUCUGGCAUUCUAUAAGCGACUUUUGGAAGCAGUAGUUCAGCAGUUAAAAUAAUCAGCAGCACCAGCGGAAUAAUUUGAACACCUGGAAUCAUCGGCGAUGGAUGUCACCAAAAAGCACCACAGCGGGGACCGGACAAAAAUCGAAGGCACCGAUACGAAAAGAGGUGCUACAAAUAUCGGAAUCACUCCUUUGGAACACGACAAUGGCGCAGUAGAGAUCCGCUCCAACCGUAGUCCGUCUCCACCGGCGAUAAUUAUUACUCGAAAUCGAAAAAGUAAGCGUGACCUUCAGAUAGAGUUAAAGAAUGAAAAAUCUCGCAAUGCUAUUCUGAUGAAGGAAAUUGAAAUGCUUCGCGAGGCAAAUAAGCCUUCGGGUAGUGCCAGUGAUUUGGCUUUGGUCGGUAAUAAUGUUAAAGCAAACGGUUCUGAUUUUGACGGGAAUAACGCUUCAUCUAAUACACCCCGUCCGGAGAAUCCUAUUGGACAGGAUGAAUCUAUGUUUAUGACUAGCUUUCAUCAGCUUUCAAUUUCGUCUCUUAAUGUACCGGAGUGCUUGCCGCUAACAGAAAGUGAAGGCAUACAGCGUCACUCAUACGAAAUGUGGCGUGAUAUGCUAGUGGACUCGAUGGAAUUGGCAGGGAUUAAUGAUGAACGAACCAAGUUCAUCGUUUUUAAAGUAAAAGCCGGACAGCGAUUGCUGGAAAUAUUCAAAAACACUAGUUCGGACUCUAGUUCUCCUGAUCCAGAUCAGUAUCCUUUCUCAAACGCUUUGUACAGGCUGAAAAAUUAUUUCGGCUCCGGUUCGGACGUAAUGCUACAAAAACGAAAAUUAGCAGUUAUGGUCCAAAAGCUUGAUGAAUCGGAUUUGUCCUACAUUAGCCGUGUAGGUGCUACAGCGAGAAUGUGCAAUUUCGGAAAUGAUAAAGAAUUCGAACAAAUUGCUAGUACGAUUGCAGAGCAUGCACGUAAUAAGGACGUAAGAAUUUCUGCGUUAAGAAUUCUUAGUCGGAAGGGAACAUUCACGGACCUAGUGGACGAGGUUCGUGAGCUGGAAGCAAUUCGCAUCAAUGAAGAAUUCAUCAUGAACAAACAAGCAGUAAUCGAACCAGUGAAAGUAGCCGUAGUUAGAGCAGAUUAUCCUCGCAACACACAAAUGUAUGGUAGAACAUUUAAGCAACUGAAUCAAAAUAAAUACAACAGUCGACUUAUGUAUACUGGAAACAGAGUACAAGGAAAUAAAUUUAGAGGACGACGUGAGACUGCAAGGUUCUAUAACCAGUCUCAAACGAACAGAUGCUGGAGGUGUAAUAGUGUGUAUCAUCUACCAAGCGAAUGUAAUGCACUAAACAAAGUCUGCAGAAACUGUGGGAAAAUGGGACACAUUUUGAGAGCAUGUAGCUCUACGUUUGCUGAACCAAUUUCUCGAAAAAGACCGAAUUCAGUUGAACCAACCGGAGAUCAUAUGAAGAAACUAGCAGCAAUUGAAGGACCAAUUUCAGAAGAUAUAAAUGAUAGUGAGGUAGGUGAACCAACAGAAUAAAUAAAAGUAAGACUAUAAAGAA